UUUUUCAAAAAUUAUAGUCCUCCCUAGUCACCCACUCCAUGCUCAGCCAGUAACACCACCAUUUCUUCUUCCUCUUCUUCUUUUCUUCUUAUAAUCUAAAAAUCCAAUUUAAUCUUCACUUUUUUCAUUCUUCAAAAUUCCCUUUUCCUCAAAAUCCAAAACCCUAGCUACUGCAAUCACCACUUCAAUUCCCUUUCCCUUCACCUCCUAGGGUUUCUCUCACCUUCCCCGAUCUCUGAUUCAGGUGGUGGACAAAAACGACGUCGAUUUGCGACGAUGAGCUCGCAGAAGAAGAGGACUUUUCAGAUAGAAGCGUUCAAGCACCGCGUGGUGGUGGAUCCUAAGUACGCUGAGAAGACCUGGAAGGUUCUGGAACAUGCAAUCCACGAAAUAUAUAACCAUAAUGCUAGUGGCCUUAGCUUCGAAGAGCUCUAUAGGAAUGCAUACAAUAUGGUUUUACACAAAUUUGGGGAGAAACUUUACUCAGGACUUGUGACGACCAUGACUUCUCAUCUUAAAGAAAUUUCUCAGUCAAUUGAAUCUGCCCAAGGAGAAAUUUUCUUGGAAGAGCUUAACCGGAAGUGGAUCGAUCAUAACAAGGCUUUGCAAAUGAUCCGAGACAUAUUGAUGUACAUGGACAGAACCUUCAUACCAAGCAGCCAUAAAACUCCUGUUCAUGAACUUGGGUUGAAUCUGUGGAGAGAUGUUGUGAUCCACUCCAGCAAAACUCAAGCUAGGCUUAGAGAUACACUUCUUGAGCUUGUGCUCAGAGAGAGGAAUGGUGAAGUAAUAAACAGAGGCUUGAUGAGAAACAUAAUAAAAAUGCUAAUGGAUUUGGGUUUGUCUGUUUACCAAGAGGACUUUGAGAAGCAUUUUCUUAGUGUUUCAGCAAAUUUUUACUGUCUUGAAUCCCAGAAGUUCAUUGAAACAUGUGAUUGUGGGGAUUAUCUGAAGAAGGCUGAGAGACGCUUAAAUGAAGAAAUUGAAAGAGUUUCGCACUACCUAGAUCCUAGAAGUGAGAUAAAGAUAACCAAUGUGGUGGAGAAGGAGAUGAUUGACAGUCAUAUGCACACGCUAGUACAUAUGGAGAACUCAGGCCUAGUUAAUAUGCUUGUGGAUGACAAAUAUGAGGACUUGGGAAGAAUGUAUAGUCUAUUUCGUAGAGUGCCUACUGGGCUUACAGUUGUUAAAGACGUGAUGACUGCGUUUGUACGGGAUACAGGUAAGCAGCUAGUCAUGGAUCCUGAACGGUUGAGAGAUCCUGUGGACUUUGUACAGCGUCUCUUGGAUUUGAAGGAUAAGUAUGAUAAGAUUAUUAACAUGUCAUUUACCAACGACAAGACAUUCCAGAAUGCCUUGAAUUCCUCUUUUGAACAUUUCAUCAAUUUGAAUGCUCGGUCUCCAGAGUUUAUUUCCUUGUUUGUGGAUGACAAACUCCGCAGAGGGUUGAAAGGAGUUGGUGAGGAGGAUGUGGAGAUUGUAUUGGACAAAGUAAUGAUGCUAUUCCGGUACCUUCAAGAAAAGGAUGUAUUUGAAAAGUAUUACAAGCAACACUUGGCAAAAAGGCUUCUUUCUGGAAAGACCAUAUCUGAUGAUGCAGAGAGGAGUUUGAUUGUCAAGCUCAAAACAGAGUGUGGAUAUCAGUUCACUUCUAAGUUGGAGGGUAUGUUUACCGACAUGAAGACUUCCUACGAUACAAUGCAAGGUUUCUAUGCAUCCCAAUCUGAUGUGGGAGAUAGCCCUUCUCUAGUUGUACACGUUCUUACGACAGGUUCAUGGCCAACUCAACCUAGCCCUCAGUGUAAUCUUCCAUCAGAACUCUUGGGCGUAUGUGAGAAGUUUCGGGCUUAUUAUCUUGGCACGCACAAUGGUAGAAGACUGUCUUGGCAAACAAAUAUGGGGACUGCUGAUUUAAAGGCAACAUUUGGUAAGGGCCAGAAGCACGAGCUGAAUGUUUCCACAUACCAGAUGUGCGUACUGAUGCUUUUUAACAAUGCUGAUCGCUUGACUUGUAAGGAGAUUGAGCAAGCAACGGGGAUACCCUUACUGGACCUGAAGAGGUGCCUUCAGUCUCUGGCCUGUGUCAAAGGAAAGAAUGUUCUUCGAAAAGAGCCCAUGAGCAAGGACAUAGCCGAGGAUGAUACAUUCUUCUUCAAUGACAAAUUCACAAGCAAGUUCUUCAAGGUAAAGAUAGGUACUGUUGUCGCCCAGAGGGAGUCCGAACCUGAAAAUCUUGAAACUCGGCAAAGGGUGGAAGAAGACAGAAAACCGCAGAUUGAGGCGGCAAUUGUGAGGAUAAUGAAAUCCAGGAGGACCCUAGAUCACAACAACAUCGUCGCCGAGGUCACAAAGCAGCUGCAGUCAAGAUUUUUGCCUAAUCCAGUUGUUAUUAAAAAACGGAUUGAAUCCCUUAUAGAGCGUGAGUUUUUGGAGAGGGACAGAGUGGACAGAAAACUGUACCGCUACCUUGCUUGAACAAUGUGUUACUGUCUUCCACUGCCAAAUUCAUUUUGGCGUGCAACCUAUGUGACAUUUUGUCUGUCAUAUAAGCUUGAAUGCCCUUCACAAUUUGCCGCAAGAAGUGGCUAUCCCUUGAAUAUUCAAAAAAAAAAAAAGAAAAUCGCCUGUUCGAUUAA